AAACAGGCCAACGACCUGGUGAACACCCUGAUGAAGUGCACCCCACACUACAUCCGCUGCAUCAAACCCAAYGAGACCAAGAAACCCCGAGACUGGGAGGAGAGCAGGGUGAAGCACCAGGUGGAAUAUCUGGGGCUGAAGGAGAACAUCCGUGUGCGCCGGGCGGGCUUCGCCUACCGCCGAGUGUUCCACAAGUUCCUGCAGCGUGUGGGGUUUGGGGUGUGGGGUUUGUGCCCCCCCAACAAACCCCCCUCACCCCUUUGCCCUGCCCUUCCCCAGCCCAUCAAGCGGGAUUUCAUCCUCACCCCCAAGUGCUUCUACCUGAUCGGGCGGGAGAAGGUCAAGAAGGGCCCUGAGAAGGGGCAGAUCAAGGAGGUGCUCAAGAAGAAGGUGGAGCUGCAGGCGGUCAGCGGYGUCUCGCUCAGCACCAGGCAGGACGAUUUCUUCAUCCUCCACGAGAGCCACGCCGACAAUUUCUUGGAGUCCAUCUUCAAGACGGAGCUGAUCAGCCUCCUGUGCAAACGCUUCGAGGAGCUCACCCGCGCCAAGCUGCCCCUCKCCUUCAAGGACACACUACAGUUUCGGGUGAAGAAGGAGGGCUGGGGCGGCGGYGGCACCCGCAGCGUCACCUUCGUCAGGGGACAGGGCGACGUGGCCGCGCUCAAGGCAGGAGGCAAAACGCUCACGGUCAGCAUCGGGGAUGGGCUCCCCAGGAAUGCCAAGCCCACAAGGAAGGGGGCAGCGCAGGGCAGAGGUGGCGGCAGGCGUCCGGCGCCGUCCCGGAGCGCCCCGGCGGCACCCAGAGGUGAGGAGGGGGUCCGGGGUAGGGGGACCAGCACGGACCCGGCACGGGCCGCUCCAGGAGGCUGCAGGAACGGGGCGCCCGCGUUCCCCCGCGGCGAUGGCCAGGGCCAGCGGGACACGUACAGGAUGCCCCAGAAGCAGCCGCGRGGCCCCCCGGCCGUGGCUCCGCACGCCCGCAGCUCCGGCCACCAGCCCAGGGGGGCGCGGCCGCCGUCCGAGCACAACAUGGACUUCCUCAACGUGCCCGACCAGGGCGUGGCCGGGAUGCAGCGCCGGCGCAGCGUGAGCCAGCGGCCGCCCCCGGCCCGGCGCCCCAAGCCGCAGCCCAAGGCGGAGCGGCCGCGCUGCCGAGCGCUCUACCAAUACCUCGGGCAGGACGUGGACGAGCUCAGCUUCAACGAGGGGGAGGUCAUCGACAUCCUGCUGGAAGACGCGUCCGGCUGGUGGAAGGGCCGGCUGCACGGCAGGGAAGGGCUUUUCCCGGGGAAUUACGUGCAGAAGAUCUGAGCCAGAGGACAGGAGGAGGUCGCCGUCCUCCCACCCCACCUCUGGAGGCUGUGCCCGAGGCGCCAGGGGUGGCUCCGGGAUGUUUUCCCACCGACGCUGGCACGGASCGAGCGCUCCCCGGCGAGCCCCCGGACUGUGACCGAAUCCCACCUCCCCUUUUUGAGCUGGGGGCAUCCCUGCAGCAAGGACGGGCUCUUUGCUGCUUGUUCGUACCCUGGGACUCAAACCACUCCGUGCUGUGAAGGCAAUCACUGUUAAU